GGGGCCCCGUGCCGCAGAUCGUCGAUAUUCCGUCACAAGAUGCAGCGAAUCAGAUAAGGGCAAGGCUGCAGCUUGCGCCCAAGGUGGAGGUAACGCUGGGCAGCGGCAUGAGCAAAGCUUCCCCACAUCAAAGCACUGCAUCUUCAUCGACGCGCAGCUGGAGGGUUCUGCUAUCGUGACUGCUCCUUGCCCUGACGCAAACGCCGCAUCCACAGAGUCUAGCAUAGGCAACGUCGAGCGAGCCCCACACGUUGCAGGCGACGCGCAUUCCAGCUCGUUGCACCCCGCACUCAGCAUCGCACCUUCCGUUGCAAUGGCGGAGUCCAUCGAUACGCCCAACAAGAAGAGGGACGGUCACGUCCCCUCUCCACUGCAGUCACUCAGCAGCUCUACAGCUUCGAUUGGUCGCUCUCCGCCACCAGGUUAUGCAAUGGGAUCCAGCCCGAGCCCGAGCCCACACGCGCAUCGCGGCAGCUUCGCAGAGCAGAUGCGUGGAGGCCCUGGCUCGCCCCGCGCCUCGCGACAACCCUCGUUGUCGCAGCAAGCUUUUCAGGAACUGAUCAACAACCCGCCGAGCAAGGCAGGGGAUCCCAAGUUCCACGGCCGCGACUGGAAGACGGUUCGACUGGGAGAGAUCGUGGACCCUGACCUAGUGCGAUUUGUGGAGUAUGACACCAGCGUAGAGGACGCUACAAGCCUACUGGUCAAGUCUGGCACGCCCAACGUCGUCCUUCUCCGCGAGAAUGCCAGCACCCGCCACGCAAUCGGAACCUUCGAUUACAGCGAUCUGAACGCAUACCUGCUCCUCGUUGUCGGUCUCGCGCACCCGGAAGAGCAGGAUGUUGCGUCGUUCGACGAGCUGGCGAAGAAAGGACGUGAAGGGAAACCCAUUCCACUAAAGGAUGUGAAGGACCUCGGCAAGAAGGAGCCGCUGAUCACUUUGCCUCACACAACAGAUUUGACCAAGGCCAUGGAGGUUUUCGGCAGCGGUGUGCAUAGAGUGCUCGUUGCGAAGGAGGGCACAUCGGAUGUCGUGGGCGUGCUUACCCAGUUAAGGAUGGUCCAAUUCUUCUGGGAGAAUAGGGCAAGCUUCCCUGCCGUUGACCAGCUAUACCCACAGCUGCUCAAAGAUCUGAACAUAGGGCAGAAGCAAGUUCUGGCCAUCAACGGUGACAAGCCCCUCGCGACAGCUCUCGAGCUCAUGCAUAACGAAGGGGUAUCCUCUAUUCCGGUACUAGACGUGCAGAACAACGUUAUCGGUAACAUCUCGCACGUCGACGUUAGACUGCUUACAAAGUCUACCUCCCUUCCUCUACUCCGCUCCUCCUGCAUCCAUUUCAUAUCUGUCAUCCUUUCUGAACGCGGAGUGAACGAUGGCAAAGACUCGUUCCCCGUCUUUCACGUCAAUCCUUUCAGCACACUUGCGCACACAGUUGCCAAACUCGUAGCUACCCGCUCCCACCGCAUGUGGGUUGUUGACACACCAUCGCCUGCCUCUUCAGGGCCCUCAACUCCCGCCCUCCAGCCUGCCAGCCUUGUUCCACCAUCGCCAAUCACACCACUCCCUAUCUCUCUGUCAGGCCCUAUGCCUGUGAACACAACAACUCCAACACAUCUUGCAGGCACAGGCGCGGUAGCACCCGCCAUCUCUGCAAGUGCAAUCACAGGAGCGAGUCUUUCUGGUAGACUCAGUGGUGUCAUCAGUCUGACUGAUAUUCUCAACGUGUUUGCGCGCGCGAGUGGGCUGCACCCGCAUGACCCAGACGAGGCGCGCCGCGCCAGGAGGCGUAGCAGUUCCAGUAGCAUGCGGGCCAGCAUGGAUAGCUCGCGUAGCGAAAGCAUAUCUGGCAUUGCUGGUACAUCAGGACGGAGAAGCAGUGUAAGCGAACGGGACAGAACUGCAAACAUCCAAGGGCUGGGUGUUUCGAGGGGACGACCUGCUUAGCUGAUCUUGGCUACAUCGAGACGACGGUUUGACACAGAUCAAGCCAUCAGACUGGGCCUGCAACGAAUCUGGUACUGCAGAGUUUGACUAUGGCGGCGUUCUAGCGACUGGGCCGGCAAAAGACCUACAUAGGCAACAUUAAAUUAUAGAAUUGAAU